GAGGCGCUGUUCGCGUGUGUAAAGAUGGGAGCGGAGGAUGACGUUGAAAGGUUAUGUGCGUUUUAGAUAAAUCUUAAUAUUAAAACAAUUGCUCACGCGAUUUGGACUUACGGCUGUCCAACUGCUGAUGGAUGUUUGGAAAAAGGAAGCGAGGAAAGCACUACAUCUGGGCUGCAAGUAAGAUUGAAAUGCAGAGACUUUAGGACCGCACUCUCUGCUGUCCUUCUGGGGAAUGUAUAGUCUCUGGAAAAUUGAAGACCUCAAGAGCAAGAUUGUUGUACCAGAGAGACAUCAGGAAAUGUGUCCUUUGUUUCACGGAAACGUGGUUUACUCUUGCCAUUUUGGAUGCAGUGCUGAAGAUCAAUGGCUUUUCCAUUCUCUGCUGUACUUGUGCUCCUACUGUGUAGGCAGAGACUCAAGACUGCAGCACCAGUGGUGACAAUCAAGGAAGUCAGAGGAGUGCUUACAGAACUGUUUUGAAUCAGUGAACUGGACAAUAUCCAGGGAUUCAUCUUUGAAUUUGAAUAAAUAUGGUACAGUUGUCACUGGCCUCAUCAAGACCUGUGUGGAUGAGUGUGUGACUUUGAGAACAUACCUGACAUACCCACACCAAAAGUCAUGGAUGAAUCAGGAGAUUCAUAGUCUGCUGAGGGCUGUAUCUGUGGUAUUCAAGACUGGUGAUCCAGAACUACAGUACUGUGCAAAUAUCUUCGAGCAAAGGAUAUUGGGAAUGGCAAGGGUGGAGCGACAUGGGAGAGGUGGCAAAGAAGGAGUAUGGGGGUGGGGGCACGAGGUGUGACACAGUUGCAGGAACCCCCAGCCCUGAGACACCAGUUUUUCUUUCACCAGAAACUCUUGAGCUUGUUGCAGUAUGAGCCAUGGGGUAUGAUGUUAAUCGGUUUCAGGGCGAAGUGGAUGAAGAUUUGAUUUGUCCAAUCUGCAGUGGUGUUUUGGAAGAACCUGUACAGGCUCCACACUGUGAGCAUGCAUUUUGCAAUGCCUGUAUCACUCAGUGGUUCUCCCAACAGCAAACCUGUCCAGUGGAUCGCAGUGUUGUUACUCUAGCCCACCUCCGACCUGUUCCCCGCAUCAUGCGGAACAUGCUAUCCAAAUUGCAGAUCACGUGUGACAACGCUAGCUUCGGCUGCACAGCCGUGGUGCGGCUCGACCAGCUGACUUCUCACCUUAAUGAUUGUGAGCACAAUCCGAAGCGACCUGUGACGUGUGAGCAGGGAUGUGGAUUAGAAAUGCCCAAAGAUGAGCUACCAAACCACAACUGUAUCAAACAUCUUCGCACCAUGGUACUUCAGCAACAAGGGAAAAUUGCAGAGCUGGAGAAGACUUCAGCGGAGCAUAAACAUCAGCUGGCAGAGCAGAAACGAGACAUUCAACUUUUGAAAGCGUACAUGAGGGCUAUCCGCAGUGCAAACCCAAACCUACAGAACUUGGAGGAAACCAUUGAGUACAAUGAGAUCCUAGAGUGGGUCAAUUCAUUGCAACCUGCUAGAGUUACCCGAUGGGGUGGGAUGAUCUCCACCCCUGAUGCAGUUCUCCAAGCAGUCAUUAAGCGGUCUCUCAUUGACAGUGGGUGUCCAAUGUCUAUAGUCAAUGAUCUCAUCGAAAAUGCACAUGAGAGGAACUGGCCUCAGGGUCUGGCCACACUAGAGACUCGCCAAAUGAACCGCAGGUUCUACGAGAACUAUGUAGCUAAACGAAUCCCAGGGAAGCAAGCUGUAGUGGUGAUGGCAUGCGAGAACCAACACAUGGGAGAGGACAUGAUCAUGGAGCCUGGUCUGGUAAUGAUCUUUGCUCAUGGAGUGGAGGAAAUCUUUUAAAGCAGAGCAAUUUCCUCUCUGAAUUGAAGUUUCUACUAUAAGAAGAAAGCAGGACUUUGACUUGCCCUCUGGAAUAUCUUCGGCAAGCAGACUUGGACAUGAACAAAGGCUUAAUGCCAAACUGCAUUAUGGGUUAUUUGAUCACCGCCUUUGCAACUCCAGAACUAGCUUAAGGAAUGGGUUUGCAGCUCACAGAACCUUGGUUCCAACCUUAUGUAUUUAUUCAUCCACAAUUUCAAAACGAAGUACAAUCCUGAUGCCCAUUCCAGAUGCCACAUAAGAAUACUAACGUUUGUGGUGCCUGCAGUGGUUUGUGUUGUGCUUUAAUAUCUUAUUGGUAGUUUUCCCCUUUUCAAGUAGAAAAUGGUAAUGGACAAUUUUUUGUAGUACAGGCUGUUAACACAGUAAACAAUGCAAAAAGGGUUUUUGUGAACAGCUUUGAGGGGUAAACUACAAUGAGGUUUCUGUAAGAGCAGAGCUCAUAAGCAAACUAUAGAGAUAAAUAUUGUAUGCACUACAUGGCUUAAUAUCCACUAAAUCUUAAAGGCCGAUUUGCUGAAAUGUGUUUUGUAUUUGGGCAUAAAAUAUUUUAAAAAAUUAUGCAAAACCUAAGAGACAACACGUGAAGUAAACUUUAAUACCUGCAACCAAUUCAAUUAUAUGAUGGGUGAUUUCUUAAAUUCACAAGGCAGGGGCAGAAAGAUGCAGAAAUGUACACUUCUGUAAGGCAAGUUGGUUGUAGUCCUAUUUUUUUGUUCUAUGUUGAGACUCUGCCAACGUUUAAUCACUUUAACCUAAAUCCUGCUUUUCUGGAUUUAACAAAUUAGAUUAAAUUCAAGUCAAUAUCUAAAUGGAGUUCUGUGCAAAAAUGGCCAAAAUUGGAGUGAGGUAUAUUCAGUGAGCAGGAACAAAAAAGGAAGAGUGUUCAUGCUUUUAAAAUCCCACAGGUAUUUUGUUUCUCACAUAACUAGAAAGCCAUCCUGAUUGAGAUGUUAUGUAGAAAUAUCUGAUUAAGUGAGCCUGUAUGUGAUGCUCUAUAUUCAUGUAAACUGCAUAAUUUACCCAGCUGCUUUAUCACAUGGGUAGGAAUUGCACGUAUGAUUGCAGGACUCCCAAGUCAGAAUGAAGGCUGAGCUAGUAUAGGAUUCCAAAAAUAUAUAAUGACUGAAGAUAGCUUUGAAAGCUUGAAUUUUUAAAAAUGUGUACAUCAAAUAUUAUAUUAACUUGACUUCAGUGCAACUGAAUGAGCUAGGUACCAGUACAUUGGUAGCUGUACCUAAAACAAAGAUGUUAUUUGACAGUGACUUCAAAGGUAAGGGGGUUGUCAUUCCUCCCCCAAGUUAAAUUUGAAUCAGAGCAGCUAAGAAUGACUGUCAGUGGCAACGACUCUUAAAACAUAGUGUUUUUUGAAUUGACUUUCUGGGGAGGGAGAUGUGCAGAAGAAAAAGUGCUGUGAACCAAUAAAUUAUCUAGAAUUUGUGUAUAUGUAUUUUAAAUAAAAUCUUGCCAUUUGUUUUAUCCAUAGAAUAGGACCGAGGGAGUUGAAGCACAAACUCCUAGUUUUCCCGCCAAACCAUACAAAUGUGCAAAACCUUUUAGCUACUGUUAGGACUUUGACAUGAGUCUGUGGUAUCAAUUCACUUCUGGGUAGAUUUUAGAUUUUCUGAAUCUGAACUAAUCUUCAUCAAAGCUCCUUGUGUUGUGUCCCUUUCAGACAAAUCUAUUGUGUGAGUCUUGAAUGUAUAUCAUUUUUGAGCAUUGUGCAUAUAAGAUGUUACAUUUGUUCCAAGAGGGUGAAAAUUAGGUGGCUUAAGUUUCUUGAGGGAUUUAAAUCCUUUCAUUGCUUGAAGAACAUGAAAGGAAAACACUUUUAAACCCUUUUUUCUAUUUUUUUUUGCACCUGAAGAAUUUUGUAACUUCUGUUGAAGGAUCUACCACUGUCACCAUGGACUCACUGAGAUCUGACAUUAAUAAACACUUGGCUUACAGAAAUCUGAACUUCCUUUUGGGGGGGAGGGUUGAGCUUAGUUUUUGUCUAAUUCUGGUUUUAAUUAUCAGAUAAAUACUUUGUCUUACAUUAUUUAAAGAAAGUUUAAUUUUGGAUGGCUGAAAAUACAGGCCUGUGUAUCAAAGUAUGCAGUAAGUAAAGUGGUCAUGCUUCUGCCAUUCCCUUAUUCUUGACCAAUCUUGCUUUCCUUUGAUCCUGUCUUGAAGUGAUUUUCUGCUCUAUCUGAGAGCUUUGCAUCUUGGGUCUGGUGUCGCAUGUCCUGUUUUGAAUGUUUCAGUCCCAUGUGCGCAAGGUUACCCAGCUCACUAAUGGAAGAUUUUGAAGGGGGAGGGGUUGUGGAGAAAGCAAACCUCCUGUUCUUGGGCAGAAAAUUACACCUAGAAAUAUUUCCCUGCUUUAGUGUCUUCUAUACAUCCCCUUUACCUAGAAUUGCAUUAUUUGCUUUGCUUUACAAUCAAGGGCCUUUGAAUAAAAUCUCUCAGUGUUACCUACAACAAACUAUGGUAGUGUGAAUUGUGUGGGAAUGUGCUUGCCUUUCAAUAUUCUGGAAGGUGGAAUACCAAAUUAUCCCUCUGUACUUGAUUACAGUGGGCUUCUUCUGGUUUGAGAGCAUUCCAACAAUUUUCAACAUCACUUAUCAGUGUGGGUUGCUGCUAGAAAGUUGUCAGAAGCAAAAGGCUUUUACUCCACAACAGCAGAAGAAUUCUGGAGUCAAUUGUAAUUCUAACUGCUGUACCACCUAAAAUUUAGCAAAUUCUGUUUCGAACAAGAUUUAAACACUUGGUCACAUUAUCUGGCUAGGUCAUGCCACAUGGGUAACAGCCACCUUCUAGUCAACCUCUUGGACCAAUCUAAUUGUCUUUUCAUGUGUUCAAUUAUCCAUUUAAAAAUAUCAGUAUAUUUCAUUAUUUGGCUCCACAGAGGAGGAAAUCCCUUUUUAAACCACACUUGAAACGUAAUAUAAAAAACCAAAUUUUAGCAAAGUAAUUAGAUGUGAUGCAAAAGUUUUUUAAAAAAAGACCAUUCCAUUAGUCUUAACGGCUGUAUGGUGCUGGUUAUGCAGUAGUGGAUUUAAAUAGUUAUCUAUUAGAUACUGUACAUGGGAAGAUAAAUGGUAUUACAAACUGUUUCCUUGCAGCAAAAGAUAAAAUGAGCAAUCGUGUAUGAAGUAUUUUUUGUGUUGCUCUGGCAAACAAUUCAUGCUUUGUUUUAAUUUUAUAAAAAUGUGUAUUGUCUGUCUGUGUGUGUGCCUUUUUUAAAGUGGACCUCUUGAGUACACCAGUUAUUUUGUGACUUGAAGUGUUUGAAGUCCAGAAUUGUCACCUGUAGCUGAUUAGUUGUGUUGUACUUUGAAAAGCUGUGGCACAUGGUAUUAAUGAACAGAACACUUUUUUUUUUAAUAUAAAUUAUCUGGAAAUAAACUCCAUAGUAUA